AUGGCCUGGGAGACGACAGAUGACCCACUUACCGGAGACCUAAUGGCCAAUACAGGUAAGUUGAUCACGCUGAGUCUGUUCUGCUGCAAGUUCGCCUCCAAGCCUUGGCUACGACUUCUCUUACUACUCUGUGCUCUCUUUUUUGUGCUGCUGCUUCUCAAUUCCAAAACAAAGCCUAAUGGUUCGGUAGGACAACGAUUCCUGGUCUUCCCACAAGGUGGCGACGAAGUCAGCUUGGAGAACACAAAAUGGCCUAUUCCAAAGGUCGACGUGGUCUUAUUCCCGAACUUUUUCGAAGAGAUUUCUUCCCAGCGGUACCUUUUCUCAAACUUCAACUUCAGCCGAGGUAUUCAUUCUAAGAAUUUUGAAACGAAUGAAUAAGAUUCCAGGGAUGGGUAACCAGUUAUUCCAAGUGGCAUCGCUCUUGGAGCUGGCCAAACAGAACGACGCCACUCUCGUCCUUCCAACGACGCUUCUCUUACGGCGCGCUUUCUCUUUCCACGACGUCGUGUACCUGGAUGAUCAGAACUAUCGUCAAGCGAUUGAUCGGAUCAGCCAUUCAGAGGAAUUGAAGGCAAGUUAUCAAGUAUAGCCCUUUUUGAACCCUUUUUUCAGAGCUGCUGUGCCUAUGAAGAAGUGAAACUCUUCACGAAAAGCAAUCUGCAAAUUCUGAACGGCUACUUCCAAAAUCUGCGCUAUUUCCAUCCACAUUCGCAGAGAGAAACGCGCAGAAGACUGUCAUGGCUGGAACCUGUCAAGAACUUAGUUGAUUUCUCGAAGAAGCGCAAUGAAUUUAGUAGAGUCUCAGGCUGUCGAGUUUCUGGAAAACGUGAACCUGCGACAAGUUGUAGACAGUGCCAAGCGCCUCGACGAAGGAAUGGACACCGACCAGGCGCUGGAGGCCGACCCGAAUGCCGGUGAACAACCAUUUCCUAGAGAGCAACGUCAGAUGAUUCAGAAAGCACAGUGAUAGUCGGGAUUCAUGUUCGUCGCGGCUUCGACGUCGUCUACAACGAACGGAACGUGCGCCAUGGACACGCAACUGCUCCGCUCGACUACUAUCAGCACGCCAUCGACAAGGCCACGGCGGACCACAGCAAAGUUAGAUUCCGAAUCAUUUACAAACAUCUUUCGUUUAACACACGUUCUCUGAGAUAUACGAUUUACAGUGGGCACAAAAAAUUCAUGUUGAUUUUUACAGGCUCAUACUUAUAUCACAACAACUAAAGAUGUAUACAAAACUUUUGAACAAGGUUUUGUAAGGCUUCGCCCCUUUUGAGGAUUACUGUAGCCCAAAAAAGAAAAAAAAUCUAACUUUUUUCUCCGUCGUCCAAAUCGAAUGAAACUUUAAAAAAAAUAUAUAUUUCAAAAAAAAUGUUCAUUUAGGCAUCAUCUUUCGUUUAAAAAAAGUUUCAUUCGAUUUGGACCACGGAGAAAAAAGUUAGAUUUUUUUCGUAUUUCGGCUACAGUAAUCCUCAAAAAGGGCGGAGCCUUACAAAACCUUGUCCAAAAGUUUUUUAUACAUCUGUAGUUGUUGUGAUAUAAGUAUGAGCGCUUAAAAAGCAACAUGAAUUUUUUGUGCCCACUGUUCUGGCCGUUCAUCGAUUCUCUCGGAGAACGUGUGUUAAUCCGUCUCGAUAGCGACCUUUUUUUUCUAGCAAUCAUUAAAAAAAUCAAUAAUGAAGAAGUUUCACUGGAAAUUCCAAGUUUUUCAGGUGGCCUUUGUGAUUUGUUCCGACAAUAUGGCUUGGGCGCGUAAAAACCUCAAAUUUGUGAAAGGUAAAGCCCGAAAGAAUCAAUCGACGUGAUGAACUUCCAGGUGUCGGCAGUUUCUGGUGUCCAGGGCCACGAGAGGUCGACAUGGCUAUCCUGGGCAUGUGCGACGAACUCGUUCUCUCGACCGGCACGUUCUCCUGGUGGAGCGCCUAUCUCAACGUCAAUUCCCAGCUCAAAGUUUGCAACUAAGAAAGAUCUAUUUACUCUACCGUCUGCAGGCACGAUACUACGCCGGCUGGCCGAAAAAAGGCUCGAUUCUCGACAAAAUGAUCAACAAAACUGAAUUUUUCCUCCCUGAUUGGACCGCCAUGACUUGA